AUCUCCAUCUUCUUUCUGAGUUGAUUUCGUAAAGAGAAAGUCUUCUUUUCAAUGGAGGGACACAGUUCUUCUGGAACAUCGUGGGCUGAUCAGUGGGACAACGGCCCGGACCCCGAUGCCGUUGAGGGAAAAAAGAAGAGCAACGGCACGGGAGGCAAGUAUAAACAGAAGGUUGAAGAGGGUUUUGAUAAGACAAAAGCGGUGGCUUCAACUGGGUUGAAGAAAGUGAAGGAAGGGACGUCUGUUGGGUUUCAGUGGAUCAAAGACAAGUAUCAGAAGACGACCCAGAAACAUUAGUAGGAUUGUGGUAUUACCAUAUCUGUUAAUUGUUAUUUCCUUUUCUCUUCGAUUGACUUGAUUUAUCUUUUGUUUAUUUAUAGAAUAUGGAGUUUCCUUAUUUUUUC